CCCAAGUACUCCCUGGCCUGUUAUACCUACCACCUCUUGUUUCUUCUGGACAAGAAUUACCAGGAAGUAGAAGGAGGUAGUCUUUGGAGGCCCUGGAUGUCCUCCACAAAUGACCCCCCAAGGCAAGUGAGGAAGCUGGUGGAUUGGGUUGCUGCUAAGGCCACAAAGGCUGACUCUGAGUUCCAUCACCCUAUCAGUGCUGGGGAGAUUUUAUUGCAGAACUUCCCUGUCCAGGCCACCAUCAACCUGUAUGAGGACUCCAACAGUGAAGAGGAAGAAGAGGGGGAGGAUGAUGAAGAGAAAGAGGAGGCCAAUGAAAAGAGGUCAGAAGGGCAUGUGAAAGGACCAGGGUCCAUACCACACAGGGCCACAGCUCAUCUCUGUUCCCCAUCCCUGACCUGUCCAAAACUGAAGUAGCCACAGUCUGACUGGCAAGUUUUCAAGGGCAUUGAUUGUCUAAGAGUUUCAAGGUGCAGCUUUCUUGACUGAAAACUAGGUCUUCAAGCUGCAUCCAGCUCAUGUGGCUUACCUGAUUGACCUGUGAGCCCAGUCCUCUAGCAUCUGAUUGUUUGGGUUGCUCUUGUGCCAAUAGUGGAAGGGUCCUAGGAGCUCUAGAGGAAGGAAGACAAGCUUUCUGAAGCACCCAGGAAGCAGAGCAGGACAGGGUGUGACCAUUUAGAGGGAAGCAGUCACACCUCAGGGAACUCUGAGGCCACCCCUACUAUCACUCCCCACCCCACCCACCCCAAGUCCCCUCCAUCAUGCACAUAGGAAGCCUUCUGAAGUGGACACAUAAUUUGGUCACCAUGUGGAAAGCUGUGCUUCUGGCUUCACCUCCAGGAACAACUAUGCCAGAUCAAAUCAAAGUUGGGUUGCUUUUCUCAUGGGUCUUGCAGGGAAGGAAGGAGGCAUCUAGAGAAUCAGCUUGCUCUGUCCCCCUCCUUCAUUUUGCUUGUUAUCCAUUGAAUUCUAUGUGUUGGCAUAAGAUGAAUCAAGAGAAAAAUAAACUGGAUGAUGUUUGCCUUUUUCUUGGAACUGUGCUGAUUUCUUAACAGAACUCUGCCCAUGUAGUGAAGCCAUGGGCAAAGAGGCAGAGACCAGUUCGAGGGCAAUUCAUUGUUCUACCUGAGGCCAAUUUACAGAUUUUUCUCUAUCAGGGAUGAAGAGCUAGG